GUGGCUAUUGCUGUGGUCUCCGAGGAAGCUGGUGUAGCUCCCUGGCCCUUUUGCCCUUUACCCCUCCCACCAGCCCAGGCGAGCAGGGCCCAAGCUUGCUUAUUGUCACCUGACGCUGGGCAGCCACUGAUCCCAUUGGUGGAGCCAGAUUCGGUCUGGCUCUCUCGUUCUCUCUCGUCUUCUCUGCCUCUCUCUCCUCCACGCCGCUUUGAUUUCGCUCCUGCUUCUCUCCUGGCGCUCGGCUGGGAACAUCGCCUCUCAGGGGGCAGCAGCGUUGCGCUGCAGAGCCAGGCGGGAGCUGCCUGCGGGGCAUGGAAGAAGCCUCCUUGGCAGCCGCGAGAGGAGCCAGGGGAGCGAGCGAGCGCUGCUGCCUGUGACCCGGGCGUCCAGCUGCUGCCCCUCUGCCUGGGGAGCCCGUCCACACAGAGGUCUCUCCCUUUCCUCCCUUCCAGGUCUUCCUCUGCAGAGCCCAGUGCAGCCAGUCCCCACAGAAGCCAAGCCAGUGGGGAGCAUGGAGCUGCUGUCCACGCCCCACAGCAUCGAGGUCAACAACAUCACCUGUGACUCCUUCCGCAUCUCCUGGGCCAUGGAGAACAGUGACCUGGAGAGGGUCACCCACUACUUCAUCGACCUGAACAAGAAGGAGAAUAAGAACUCCAACAAGUUCAAGCACCGGGAUGUCCCCACCAAGCUUGUGGCCAAGGCUGUGCCCCUGCCCAUGACAGUGAGAGGCCACUGGUUCCUGAGUCCCCGCACGGAGUACAGUGUGGCGGUGCAGACCGCUGUGAAGCAGAGUGACGGGGAGUACCUGGUGUCUGGUUGGAGUGAGACGGUCGAGUUCUGCACUGGGGAUUAUGCCAAGGAGCACCUGGCCCAGCUGCAGGAGAAAGCCGAGCAGAUCGCAGGCCGCAUGCUCCGCUUCUCCGUCUUCUACCGCAAUCAUCACAAGGAGUACUUCCAGCACGCCAGAACCCACUGCGGGAACAUGCUGCAGCCCUACCUGAAGGACAACAGCGGCAGCCACGGCUCCCCAACCAGCGGCAUGCUCCACGGUGUCUUCUUCAGCUGCAACACGGAGUUCAACACGGGCCAGCCCCCGCAGGACUCCCCCUACGGCCGCUGGCGCUUCCAGAUCCCUGCCCAGCGCCUUUUCAACCCCAGCACCAACCUCUACUUUGCGGACUUCUACUGUAUGUACACGGCCUACCACUACGCCAUCCUGGUGCUGGCCCCCAAGGGUUCCCUGGGGGACCGCUUCUGCCGUGACCGCCUGCCCCUCUUGGACAUUGCCUGCAACAAGUUCCUGACCUGCAGCGUGGAGGACGGGGAGCUGGUCUUCCGCCACGCCCAGGACCUCAUCCUGGAGAUCAUUUACACCGAGCCCGUCGACCUGUCCCUGGGCACCCUGGGGGAGAUCAGCGGGCACCAGCUCAUGAGCCUGUCCACUGCUGACGCCAAGAAGGACCCCAGCUGCAAAACCUGCAACAUCAGUGUGGGCCGCUAGGGACUCCUAGGGGGCCAGGGGGCUAGGGAGAGAUGGCAGACAGGGUGGCGAUGGGUGGCAUAGGUUCAGGGAGCUGCCUUUCUCUCCCCUGCCCCCCUGCUCCCUCCACGCCAUCCAGCUCCCUCUUCCCUUCCUCUCCCCAGGGCAUUGGAGGCAACAGAGGGUGGUCCCCUUGGUUGGCAUGGCCCACCCAUGCCUGGUGGAGUUGGGAAAGCUCCUUAGGCCUCAACAGGUUGGUGGGGUGGGGGGCGGGUGGAUUUCUGGAGGCUUCCCCUUUCCUCUGGUUUCCCGGCCCUGCUGUUUCUUGCCUAUCCCAGGCCUCCAUCUCAGGAGACGGGCCCCCUAGAGCUCUCCCCGGGAAGCCUCUCCCUUCCAGGGCCUACGUGUAACUUAUCGGCCUCCAGAGAUGAGCUGAGAGCUGUGGGCGUGUUCUUCCUUAGCCCCACCCACCCUGCUCAGGGCCAAUCACAGAAUGCCCCUCCCCAUGAGCUGGGCCUGGGGGGCAUCGCACCCUUUUCCCUCUAUAAAUAGUCUCCUGCACCUCUGGGACCCCGCAUCCCCACCCCACCCCCUGCUCCUGGCCCCAAGGCACCCUCUUCCUGCAUGGGGAGAGCUGUCUCUCCCCCUCUCCACCUGCCCUCUAGAAAAGAGCCCUCUUUUUCCCCGGCUGCGGGGAUUUCUCCUCGUGUCUGGAGAUGGUAUUAAUCCCGGUGUACUUUCUCCCUUGCUCAGAGUGCUGGGGUCUGCAAUGGCAGCCACUGGGGUCGAGGAGGGGGAAAGAGUCCCCUGAGACCCGGAGGGACCCCUUCCUCAGCUGGGAGUGGAUGCUAAGGGGACGCAGUGUGGGAUCGGAACUGAGGGCGUUCCCGCAGAGCCCUGGCACCCCGCCUGGCUGCGCGCUUGCUCGCUCUCUCUGCCGCGGUGCCGCCGCCGCACUGUGCCUGUGUGUGACCUGGACUGUGGCUUCCCUUGCCCCUCCCCACCUCGCACCCCGGCCCACUGGCACUCUCCGCUCGCCGUCGCCAAGCGAGCCUGUUGGCGGAGAGCGCCUUCCCUGGGGAGUUCUUGGUGAAGUCUCUCGUUGGCUACUCACCUAUUUCCUACUUUUGUGCAGGUCUUGGGAGUGGUGAGGGAGGACCCAGAGACUAGCAAGUGAUGUGAUGGAGAGAGGUGUCAACUAAGGCAGCCAGCUGUUCGGGGGAUGACAGAGGUGAUGUCAGGUGGAGGAAAGCACCCCCUACAGUGACAGCCGGCUUUCUGUGAUGAAAGACAGAAGAGGGCAGCAGGCCAACAAGGCCAUAUCUCAGUGAGGGGGCAGGUGGGACAGCCGGUCUCCUCUUCUGUAGCCACAGGGAAUGGUGUGGUCAGCUGUCUCCGUGGCAUGGAUCAGGUCUGAGAGCUGUGGGAGAUGCAUGGAGGAGAGGACGUGGGCCCCAGGCCCUCUCCCCUCUGCCGAGAGGGUGGUCCUCUGCCCUCCCCUGGCCCCGUGUCUGCCUUGGGCUGGGGGCACACCCGCCUGUGCUGUGCUUGCGACGUGCAUCAAUAAACCACCUUGACCUGAGA